CCCGUGGGCUGCUCACCUGCUUACGCCUGGCCCCGCCACUCCUGCCCCUCCACGGCCCGCCCCCUGCCCGGGCCCGCGCUGGGCUAGCAGCCGAGGGCAAAGAGACGGAAAGAGGAUGCAGCCGGCGGCAGCGGUUCCGAGCAGUGCGCGUUAAUCGCCUCCCCCGGAGGAGGAGUUGUCUAGACCGUUGCCACAUUUCUUUUCAUCCCCCCGUCCCGUAAUUACAUUGGGUGCUGGAGGGGACAGGGAAAAACGGAGGAGGCGCCUCACUUCCCCCCUCGCUCCGGCCACUCUUGCUCUUUCCCGUCCCGGGCCAGAAUGACUGGAGUCUUUGACAGUCUCGUGGCUGAUAUGCACUCGACCCAGAUCACGGCCUCCAGCACGUACCACCAGCACCAGCAGCCCCCGAGCGGCGGCGGCGCGGGCCCCGGCGGCAGCAACCGCAGCGGCCUCCACAAGCCCCAGGAGUCGCCCACUCUCCCGGUGUCCACAGCUACCGACAGCAGCUACUACACCAACCAGCAGCACCCGGCGGGCGGCGGCGGCGGCGGCGGCUCGCCCUACGCGCACAUGGGCUCCUACCAGUACCACGCCGGCGGCCUCAACGAUGUCCCUUAUUCUGCCAAGAGCGGCUACGACCUAGGCUACACCACCGCCUACACCUCCUACGCUCCUUACGGGACCAAUCAGUCCCCGACCAACAACGAACCUGAGAAAGAGGAACUCGAGCCUGAAAUCAGGAUAGUGAACGGGAAGCCAAAGAAAGUCCGGAAACCCCGCACCAUCUACUCCAGUUUCCAGCUGGCGGCUCUUCAGCGGCGUUUCCAAAAGACUCAAUACCUGGCACUGCCCGAGCGAGCCGAGCUGGCGGCGUCUCUGGGCCUCACCCAGACUCAGGUCAAAAUCUGGUUCCAGAACCGCCGAUCCAAGUUCAAGAAGAUGUGGAAAAGUGGUGAGAUCCCCUCGGAGCAGCACCCCGGGGCCAGCGCCUCGCCACCGUGUGCGUCGCCGCCGGUCUCGGCGCCGGCCUCUUGGGACUUUGGCGCGCCACAGCGGAUGGGCGGCGGCGGCCCGGGCAGUGGCGGCAGCGGCGCCGGCAGCUCGGGCUCCAGCCCCAGCGGCGCAGCCUCGGCCUUCCUGGGCAACUACCCGUGGUACCCCCAGGCCUCGGGUUCCACCUCACACCUGCAGGCCGCAGCGCCCCUGCUGCACCCGACGCAGACCGCGCAGCCGCACCACCACCACCACCACCACCACCACCACCACGGCGGCGGGGGCGCCCCGGUGAACGCAGGGACGAUUUUCUAACGCCAGGGAGACUGCGCCA